AUGAUUUUUAACACCCUUGUCUUGUCUACACUCCUCUCAAAGCACCAACCAGUUCACGCGCCCCUUUCAAACCAGAAACCAGUUCUCCUACCCCUUUCAAGCCACCAACCAGUUCACGCGGCCCUUUCAAACCAGAAACCAGUUCACGUACCACUUUCAAACCACCAACCAAUUCACGCGCCCCUUUCAAACCAGAAACACGUUCUCGUACACCUUUCAAACCAACCAACCAGUUCACGCGCCCCUUUCAAGCCAGAAAACAGUUCUCGUACCCAUUUCAAACCACCAACCAGUUCAAAAGCCCCUUUCAGACCAGAAACCCUUCCUCAAACCAGUUCUCGUACCUCUUUCAAACCACCAACCAGUUCACGCGACCUUUUUAAACUAGAAACAAGUUCUCGUAUCCCUUUCAAACCACCAACCAGAUCACUCACCCCUUUCAAACCAGAAACCAGUUGUCGUACCCCUUUCAAACCACCAACCAGUUCACGCGCCCCUUUCGAACCAGAAACCAGUUCACGUACCCCUUUCAAACCACCAACCAGUUCAGGUGCCUCUUUCAAGACAGAAACCAGUUCUCGUACCACUUUCAAACCACCAACCAGGUCACGCGACCCUUUCAAACCACAAACCAGUUCUCGUACCACUUUCAAACCACGAACCAGUUCACGCGCCCCUUUCGAACCAGAAACCGGUCCUCGUACACCUUUCAAACCACCAACCAUUCACGCGCCCCUUUCAAGCCAAAAAAUAGUUCUCGUACACAUUUCAAACCAUCAAACAGUUCAAGCGCCCCUUUCAAACCAGAAACCCGUUUCUCGUACCACUUUCAAACCACCAACCAGCUCACGCGCUCCUUUCAAACCAGAAACCAUUUUUUGUACCUCUUUUAAACCACCAACCAGUUCACGCGCCCCUUUGAAACCAGAAACCAUUCACGCGCACCUUUCAAGCCAACAACAAGUUCACGCGCCCCUUUCAAACCAGAAACCAGUUCACGCGCCCCUUUCAAAACAGCAACCAGUUCACGCGCCCCUUUCAAGCCAGAAACCAGUUCUCGUACACCUUUCAAACCACCAACCAGUUCACGCGCCCCUUUCAAACCACAAACCAGUUCUCGUACCCCUUUCAAACCACGAACCAGUUCACGCGCCCCUUCCGAACCAGAAACCCGUCCUCGUACACCUUUCAAACCACCAACCAUUCACGCGCCCCUUUCAAGCCAGAAACCAGUUCUCGUACACAUUUCAGACCACCAAACAAUUCAAGCGCCCCUUUCAAACCAGAAACCCGUUCUCGUACCACUUUCAAACCACCAACGAGUUCAUGCGCCCCUUUCAAACCAUAAAACAGUUCUCGUACACCUUUCAAACCACCAACCAGUUCACGCACACCUUUCAAGCCAGAAACCAGAUCUCGCACCACUUUCUAACCAGCAACCAGUUCACGCGCCUCUUUCAAGCCAACAACCAGUACACGCGCCCCUUUCAAACCAGAAACCAGUUCACGCGCCCCUUUCAAACCACCAACCAGUUAACGCGCCCCUUUCAAACCAGAAACCAUUUCUCGUAUUCCUUUCAAAGCACCAACGAGUUCACGCGCCCCUUUCAAACCAUAAACCAGUUCUCGUACCUAUUUGAAACCACCAACCAGUUUACGCGCCCCUUUCAAACCAGAAAACAGUUCUCGUACCCCUUUGAAACCACCAACCAGUUCACGCGUCCUUUUCAAACCAGAAACCAUUUCUCGUACACCUGUCAAACCACCAACCAGUUCACGCACACCUUUCAAGCCAGAAACCAGAUCUCGCACACCUUUCUAACCAGCAACCAGUUCACGCGCCUCUUUCAAGCCACCAACCAGUUAAAGCGCCCCUUUCAAACCAGAAACCCGUUCUCGUACACCUUUCAAACCAGCAACCAGUUCACGCACCACUUUCUAACCAGAAACCAGUUCUCGUACCUCUUUCAAACCACCAACCAGUUCACGCGCCCUUUUCAAACUAGAAACAAGUUCUCGUAUCCCUUUCAAACCACCAACCAGAUCACUCUUUUUCAAACCAGAAACCAGUUGUCGUACCCCUUUCAAACCACCAACCAGUUCACGCGCCCCUUUCAAACCAGAAACCAGUUGUCGUACACCUUUCAAACCACCAACCAGUUCACGCGCCCCUUUCAAACUAGAAACAAGUUCUCGUAUCCCUUUCAAACGACCAACCAGAUCACUCACCCCUUUCAAACCAGAAACCAGUUGUCGUACCCCUUUCAAACCACCAACCAGUUCACGCGCCCCUUUCGAACCAGAAACCAGUUCACGUACCCCUUUCAAACCACCAACCAGUUCAGGUGCCUCUUUCAAGACAGAAACCAGUUCUCGUACCACUUUCAAACCACCAACCAGGUCACGCGACCCUUUCAAACCACAAACCAGUUCUCGUACCCCUUUCAAACCACGAACCAGUUCACGCACCCCUUUCGAACCAGAAACCCGUCCUCGUACACCUUUCAAACCACCAACCAUUCACGCGCCCCUUUCAAGCCAAAAACCAGGUCUCGUACACAUUUGAAACCAUCAAACAGUUCAAGCGCCCCUUUCAAACCAGAAACCCUUUCCCGUACCACUUUCAAACCACCAACCAGUUCACGCGCUCCUUUCAAACCAGAAACCAUUUCUCGUACCUUUUUUAAACCACCAACCAGUUCACGCGCCCCUUUCAAACCAGAAACCAGUUCUCGUACCCAUUUGAAACCACCAACCAGUUCACGCACCCCUUUCAAGCCAGAAACCAGAUCUCAAACCAGUUCACGCGCCCCUUUCAAACCACCAACCAGUUCACGCGCCCCUUUCAAACCACAAACCAGUUCUCGUACCCCUUUCAAACCACGAACCAGUUCACGCGCCCUUUUCGAACCAGAAACCCGUCCUCGUACACCUUUCAAACCACCAACCAUUCACGCGCCCCUUUCAAGCCAGAAACCAGUUCUCGUACACAUUUCAGACCACCAAACAAUUCAAGCGCCCCUUUCAAACCAGAAACCCGUUCUCGUACCACUUUCAAACAACCAACGAGUUCACGCGCCCCUUUCAAACCAUAAAACAGUUCUCGUACGCCUUUCAAACCACCAACCAGUUCACGCACACCUUUCAAGCCAGAAACCAGAUCUCGCACCACUUUCUAACCAGCAACCAGUUCACGCGCCUCUUUCAAGCCAACAACCAGUACACGCGCCCCUUUCAAACCAGAAACCAGUUCACGCGCCCCUUUCAAACCACCAACCAGUUAACGCGCCCCUUUCAAACCAGAAACCAUUUCUCGUAUUCCUUUCAAAGCACCAACGAGUUCACGCGCCCCUUUCAAACCAUAAACCAGUUCUCCAACUAGUUCACGCGCCUCUUUCAAGCCACCAACCAGUUCACGCGCCCCUUUCAAACCAGAAUCCAGUUCACGCGCCCCUGUCAAACCACCAACCAGUUAACGCGACCCUUUCAAACAAGAAACCAUUUCUCGUAUUCCUUUCAAAGCACCAACGAGUAAACGCGCCCCUUUCAAACCAGAAACUAGUUCUCGUACCCCUUUCAAACCACCAACAGGUUCACGCGCCCCUUUCAAGCCAGAAACCAGAUCUCGUACGCUUUUAA